UGCCGUCACGGCAAAUCGGAGGUCAAGAGAAAAGAAGCAUGGCCGCUGUGUUAAGGGGGUCUCGAAACCUAUUGGGAAGGUGCUAUAAGCAUGUUGACUUUGCUUUCGUCUCUACCAGGUCUAUGGCCUCAAAGACCCAUGUGGGGUUCAUUGGCCUUGGGAACAUGGGGAAUCCAAUGGCAAAAAAUCUGCUGAAGCAUGGAUACCCGGUAUUGGCAACGGAUGUGUUUCCAGAAUCCUGUAAAGAACUGCAAGAGUUGGGUGCCGAGAUUCUUGAUAAUCCUGCUGAGGUGGCAGAGAAGGCCGACCGCAUAGUCACCAUGCUGCCCUCCAGCCCCAACGUCAUUGAUGUUUAUACUGGUCCCAAUGGCAUCCUCAAAAAGGUGAAGAAAGGCUCACUGCUGAUUGACUCCAGCACCAUUGACCCCAUGGUUUCCAAAGAGAUGGCAGUGGCUGCUGAAAAAAUGGGGGCUGUGUUUAUGGAUGCACCUGUGUCAGGAGGUGUGGGGGCUGCUAGCUCAGGGAAGCUAACAUUUAUGGUGGGUGGAGCCGAGGAGGAGUUCACUGCAGCUAAAGAGCUGCUCAGCUGCAUGGGAGCCAACGUGGUUUACUGUGGCCAGGUCGGGACUGGACAGGCAGCAAAAAUCUGCAACAAUAUGCUUCUAGCCAUUGGAAUGAUUGGAACAUCUGAGACAAUGAACCUUGGAAUGAGACUAGGCCUUGAUCCCAAGCUGCUGGCCAAGAUUCUGAACAUGAGCUCUGGAAGGUGCUGGUCGAGUGAUACAUACAACCCUGUGCCUGGGGUCAUGGAGGGAGUGCCAUCUGGGAACAACUACCAGGGAGGCUUCGGGACCCAGCUGAUGGCUAAGGAUCUGGGACUGGCGCAACAUACAGCCACAAACACCAAGACCCCUGUGCCUCUGGGCUCCCUGGCCCACCAGAUCUAUCGCAUGAUGUGUGCACGUGGCUACGCCGGCAAAGACUUCUCUUCUGUGUUCCAGUUCCUUCGUGACGAGGAGGGCCAAUAGGGGGCGCCACUCCUCGUACUGUCCACAGCCUUAGCAGGCUUUGUCCUGAUCCACACAAGGCCGCAGUCCCCCACCCCCAUUUCACAAAGACUUCAAAAGGCAUAUUAAUUUCAACAAAGCUAGCGGGGAGCUUGAAUCAAAAGUAAAAGAUCAUGUUAGCACUGUCUCCUGCUGGGAGUCAUGUUAUCUGUGUGAUCCUGCCUUCGUUAGAAAAGCAGCACUCCUUUUUCUUUUUGUAUUUUAAUUUUUUUUAGAAGUCACAGUGUCUUUCGAGAUGUGUGGAGAAUCUCAGAAGACACUGUUUCGUAGGCUGACUAACUGAGACCAUCCCUGCCCACGGUGCUGCCCAAGGAACUCCUCAGAGUGGGAAGCCGACUUGGCCAUCGCAGAAACGAUUACACACCUAGAACUGACCCAUCCACCCUGGCAAUGGGAGUCUUUUUAGUCACGUAGUGUGAUCUGUUCUGUUUGAUUGUGAUUUCUGUUUGUAGAAAUAUUUCUCUUCCUGUCUUUUGUGGGAUACACUCUCCCGCCAUAUUGGGAUGGAUCGUUUGCCGUGUUAUGUCAUAUCCCUAAUUCACGCUUAUAUCUUUGAUAAUAAAGGUGAAGGAGAUA